CCGUAAAUAACCGACGCCCAGAAUUUGAAGACUGAACGUAAGGAGCUGACUGAUCUAGAGAAACUGGAUGUUGUCUGGCUGAUCGGUCGACUUCGGCGCUCACGGCGCGGAGACGACUGAGUGCAUCAAAGCAGAUGUUCCCUGUGAGGGCGGGAGAGCAUGCGCCCGACGGGUACGCCUCCUCCAAAUAAGCAGGAAACUGGUUAGGAUUAAGGAAAAGAUCUGGUCGAAGAUCCGCGAUCAAAUCUGCCUCGACCUCCAGAAAUAAUUUCGGGUCCGGACUAAACCUCAGAGAAGAAGAUGCAGGAGUCUCUGGAUACUGAGCAAGUCGGUGAUCAACUCCUGAAAAUGGCAGAUAAAUCCAACCGGAGCGACUGUGUGGCAGAGGAGGACAGAAACAGACCGACCUAUUGUGUGACCGAUGUCCCUCCUUGGUACCUUUGUAUUUUCCUGGCCUUUCAGCACUACCUGACAGCCUUUGGUGCGAUCAUCGCCAUCCCCCUCAUCCUCUCUGAGUUGUUAUGUCUGCAGCAUGAUGGCCUGACCCAGGGCUAUCUAAUCAACUCUAUAUUCUUCGUUUCUGGCCUCUGCACUAUUCUGCAGGUUACCUUUGGCAUCAGACUUCCUAUCGUGCAAGGAGGUAGUUUUGCCUUGGUGACCCCAACCGUGGCCAUUUUAUCCGCACCAGAGUGGAAGUGUCCGGCUUGGACCCAGAAUGCAAGUUUGGUCAACACCUCCGAUCCCGUUUUUAUUGAAGAAUGGCAGAGCCGCAUGAGAACCCUGCAGGGCGCAAUCAUGGUGGCCUCUGUCCUCCAGAUUCUUGUUGGUUUCUCUGGCCUCAUAGGGUUCCUCAUGCGCUUCAUUGGGCCCUUAACCAUCGCCCCCACGGUGUGUCUUAUAGGCCUGGCUCUGUAUGACUCGGCCGGGGUAAAGGCUGGCACCCAUUGGGGCAUUUCUGCUUUGACUGCAGGGCUGAUAAUUCUCUUCUCUCAGUACCUCCGUCUCAUACCAGUUCCUGUUCCGUCAUGCAGCAAAACCAAGAAAAGGAAAAUCUCAACGUUUUAUCUCUUCCAAACCAUGCCUAUUCUGCUGGGCAUUGCUGUCUCGUGGCUAGUCUGUUACCUCCUCACCAUAUCUGAUGUCCUGCCGUCUGAUCCUACCCGAUACGGUCACCUGGCCCGUACUGAUGUGAAGGGAAAUGUGGUGAGCCAGGCUUCCUGGUUCACACUGCCAUACCCCGGCAUGUGGGGGACACCAACUGUAAACCUGGCUGCUGUGGUUGGGAUUUUGGCUGGAAUAAUAUGCUCCAUGGCAGAGUCUGUGGGCGACUACUAUGCCUGUGCCAGGUUGUCCGGGGCUCCUCCCCCUCCAAAGCAUGCCAUUAGUAGGGGCAUCGGUGUUGAAGGGCUUGGCUCUUUACUGGCGGGAGCCUUUGGGACAGGCAAUGGCACAACAUCUUUCAGUGAGAAUGUGGCAGCUCUAAGUAUCACCAAGGUGGCUAGUCGGACUGUGAUUCUUCUAAGUGGGUUUGUUAUGAUUUUAAUGGGAACAGUGGGAAAAGUCGGAGCCAUCUUCACAACCAUCCCCACUCCUGUAAUUGGAGGGAUGUUUCUGAUCAUGUUUGGUGUCAUAGCUGCUGCAGGAAUUACCAAUUUGCAGUUUACAGACAUGAAUUCUUCUCGGAACAUCUUUGUGUUCGGCUUCUCCAUUUUUUCUGCGCUUGUCAUUCCAAACUGGAUCAUGAAGAACCCCGGGGCUCUAGCAACGGGUGUCAAAGAGGUGGACCAAGUUUUGAAUGUAUUGCUCACCACCCAUAUGUUUGUGGGAGGGUUCCUUGGCUUCUUCCUAGAUAACACGAUUCCUGGGACCAAGCGUGAACGUGGCCUCCUCACCUGGAACACAGAACAUCCUGACGACUCCAGGAACGCCUUGACACCAGAAGAGAUUUAUAAUCUCCCGUUUGGAAUAACUACUUGUCUUCAAACCCGGUCCUGGGUCCGUUACCUCCCCUUCUGCCCACCGACCAAUCACAUGACGGAGGACGUCGUGUCACAGAGUCAGGAGACUGAGCAAAUGACAAGAGUUUGAACUGUUUUCAUCGGGUCACAAACAUGCUUCUUUUUCUUAAAGUUAAGACUUUGUUCGGCUUUACUUUUUAUUGCUGGUUGAUUGUUAAAUAUACAUAUUGUAGCACAUUCAAUUCAUUGUAGGCUGCUAAUAAUGUCGCCACAAGUGAAAAACAUGAAAAAAUGCAGCUCUGUUUCCUCUUGUUCCCACUUUAUUUGACUAAAAAUAUACAAAAAUACAACAAGAUAACAUUUCAAUAACGUUUCUGGUCAACAUGGGGAACUUGCGAUCGGAGGUCCUCACAUUUUGUCAAUACCAAAAGGAGAACUACUGAAUGAUUAAACUGUUCCAGGCGUGUUCCAUUUUCUCUUAUCCUUCUAAUAAGUCUUGCAGCAGGAGCUGAAAACCAGAAUGUUGUUGUUCCUCAGUUUCCCCUUCGAAAGGAAACAUAAUUAAGCCUGAGGGUAUACUAUCAUAUAUUUUUGCAAGAAGAAGGGACUUUUAAAUAAAUAAAUGUUUCCCAGACAUAUUUUUUAUAGAGGAAAAUAAAGCUUUUUACUGGCGCUGGCUCAGUUUUGUUUCUGCUUGGUGCAUCAACCUGAAACAUCCAAAAGGUGCAAAACGUACAAUGGCAGACCAUAAGAACAUUACAUCUGUGAGUUAAAGGCUUGUCUUCUGAGCUCUUAGCGUGUUUAUACAAUUGAAUGUAAUCAUGUUACAUUUUGUAACAUGAAAGGAAGAAAAAAUGUCAGUUGAUUUAAAUGUGUUCAUAUUUUUUUAUGUGUUGGAGUCAUCAUAUAGAAAUACUUAGUAAUUAGUGCUCUGUUUAAAAAAAAGACGGUCUGGAAGCAGAGAAGUCCGUAUAACGGGUCAAAGGCAAAGUUUCCAGGGCCAAUCUUUUCCCCAGGGUGGAAAGAUUGACUUCACUAUGACCAAUAUGGGCCUUAAAGCAUGACUGAAACAUCAUUAGUUCUUUGUAGUCCAGCUGUUUUUAAUAUUUGCUUUUAGCUCAUAUUUUCCCAUGUUUUAUUUUGUUUCUACAUUUUAAUCCAGCUGCUUUUAUUUUGUUUUAUUUCCCUAUGUUUUAAUCAUAUAAAGCACUUUGCAUUGUAUUUGUACUAAAAUUUGCUAUACAAAUAAAUUUGCCUUACCUUCUUACAAAA